AUGUCAGAGCGGACCCUAUACGAACGUGUGGGGGCCCUCAAUCUUUUGGACAACAGCGACACACAGGUUCCUGAGACCCCGGUAGUACUGCCUCUUUCUAAUAAGCACAGCUGGCAAGCUCAGCCGAGGAACGAUCUCAAAUGUGGCGAGUCUUAUAGAGGCAGAAAGAUCUCGUUCUGUCCGUGGAACAUUGUCACUCAUUACCACGAAUGGUUCGUUGGCAAAAAGAACGGCGAGCUCAUCCGCCCGUAUUUCGAUGCAACCGCGCUCCUCCGGUGUAAGCUCUGGGACUUCUAUUAUGUUUGGCACCCAGCAAAUGCCAAAAAGGACUGCUAUGCCAUUGUUGUCCCUACAGAUCAGCUUGAGGAUCUUAUUUCCCGCAUCAGCGAAACACUGGACAUCCAGCUUUCCAUCCCAGCUGGUGUGCAUUCAGUGAAAUUCCGGGUUAUAUUUGGCGACUUUGGCACGCCGCUGCCAAGGUUUCUAGGCCAUGCAUUGGACCCUGCCGCUUUCUCCAACAUGGUCAGCAAUAUGCCCCCCAGCAAUCCACGGGAUUCUGUCUAUGACAUGUCACGCAUUUCCCCGCAAGCUCAAACAUCAUAUCUCAGGAAGGUCGAUGGCCUGUUUGAAAACCACGACAAGGCCCAGCGAAAAAAGAACAAAUCGGCAAAGAGUCUCCAGAGGACCCUUUACCAGCGGAGGAGCUGGGGGAGACAGACAAAACGCGAGCCCAGACAGGUCGUACUGGUUGGCCAUGGUAUAAGCAGCGACCUCGAAUUUGUGAAACAUGUUGGCUUCGAUAUAGCCAGGGAUGCCAAGUUUCUGGAGAUUGUCGACACGCAGGACAUGCAUCGGCAUCUCCGCAUGUUGCCCCAGCAGCCUGAUCCUUCAGUUGGGGAGGGAGGUUGGGACACCAACGGGGAAAUGAGCGACGGAGGGUAUCCGGAAAAUGAGCCAGAAUGGAAGGACGAAGCUCCUGCUCCUGCUCCCGUGUACGAAGCUGUGUACGAAGCCAAAGUCAAGCAACCCAAGCCAAUUGUCAAAAUCUCAGACGAGGAAGCAGAAGCACGCUGGGGCGCCCAAGAGCCGGUCGACUGGCCCUCGAAUUCGCCACAGCAAGCAGGCUCAUCAUUUGAAGGAGUAGAGGGCGAAGAGGACCUGAUUUGGCUUUAG